ACUAUUUACAGUAAAUAUUGACGGUUAUUGUGCGUUUUUUUAAAUUUUGGGUGUGCUUCGUGUAUUGUGAAUUGAGUGGAUGAAAAUAUCAGUCUCCUAUAACAUUCGAAGUGAACACAUACGGUAGCACAAUGUCAACUCCUAGAUUACGAGAGAAAAUUUAUCUUCUUGGGCAUUACUCGAAUGAAAUUGUUGGAAGUAAACUGCCAUCGGUGAAACAAGUGUUAAACGUUUUCUUUUUCAAUUUGCGAGUGUGUAAGUUAACCGUACGGGGAAGUGCCUCACUAGAUGUGCGGGAAGCGAUGAUAUAUUGGGAAAAAGCACGAAUUCCGACGCAAGAGUUAAGGAAUUGUAUACCAAAGUUGGAAGGUCUGUAUCAACAAUGGAGGCAACUUCAAAAACAUGCUGGAAGAUUUUCGGAGGUUCAUAAGAAAAAAGAAACAGAUUUCCUUGAAAAACUUAAGGACCUUUUUGAUAUAGCACACGCCAAUGCUUUGAGUAUCAUUACAAUUGAAGAAGAUAAACAGUUCUUAAACUAUCAGCGGUUGAGAGGACGGCCAGGGUUUAUGUAUGGAAUUGAUUACCAGCUAAUUGCGAAAGAAGCACGAGUUUCUGAACGAAAAAUGCAAGAGAUGAAGAGGAAAAAGCGAAGCGAUCAUGAAAUGUAACAACUAACUCGACCUGCUAUGCUCACGACGUCUAGUUCAAGCAGUAGUGAAGAUUUAGAUUUCUGUGAUUUGGAGGAAGUUCCGCGAGUCUCAAAAGAUUUAUUACCACAAGCAAAAAGGAAAAGGGGGCGUCGAACAAUAAUCACUCCUAAGCUUGCUGCUGCCUUGGAUAAGUGCAAGAUCAGUGACAGGAAUGCUGUUCAUAUUCUGGCAGCUGCCAUCGAAGCGCUUGGUUAUAAUGUUGAAAAUUUCGCUAUCAACAGGUGCUCUAUUCACAAUUUUCGAGAGAAUCUUCGCGAACAAAAAGCUGCUGAAAUCAAAAAUAUUUUCAAGGAUAGGAAAUUGCACGCUGCUACCUUGCAUUGGGAUGGUAAACUACUUCCAGCAUUAACGGGUAAAGAGACAGUGGACCGACUUUCUGUAAUUCUUUCAAAUUGUGGUACUGAUCAACUUCUUGGUAUACCUUCAUUGCAAUCGGGGAAUGGAAAAAAACAAGCAACAGCUGUUUGUGAAACUCUUGCGGAAUGGGGCCUUCAGGAUUACGUAAAAGCAUUAGUUUUUGACACAACAGCAUCAAAUACAGGCACUUUUAAAGGUGCAUGUGUUUUGAUUGAAAACUUUCUGGAAAAAGAUCUCUUGUAUUUACCCUGUCGGCAUCACAUGUACGAGAUAAUUUUAAAAGCAAUUUAUGAGGAAAAGAUGGGGAAAACUACAGGCCCAACUGUACCAAUAUUAAAAAAUGGAAUUAACGUUAAUAAUUUUAAAACCGGAAUCGAGCAUGAAAAGGUCAAGGAAAAUUUGGAUCCGGUCGAUGUAUCUCGAAUUCUGGAUUUUGUACAAGACGCUUUGCAAGAAUUAUAGAGAAUUUUUAGAAUUGACUGCUAUUUUUCUUGGCACA